AUGAUGAGAGCUAUUUUAGGAAUUGCAGCCCUUUUUGGUGUAAUCUAUGCUCAACAAGGCCAACCGGACACUUGUGAUGGAAUUCGUUUCCAGGCUUGCACUGUUGGUCUAGGGGACUUUUGGGGAGCUGAUCCAAAUGCUAUCUGGGAAACGCCGUCUCUAUUCGCUGAAACGAUCAAUCAGCGCUUCUUGGCCCCAUACGAGUUGAGCAAUCUCGUCAAAGUUUGCAACGGACUUGCCCUUUUCUAUCAAUGCUUGGCGCGGAGAAAUCUGAACGCUUGUUUGGGGCCGAUUGGAUGGGUGGGAAGGGGACGAUCUCCGGCAACCGCUUUCGCUUUCGACGGAAUGAUCUCGUCACUUCUUUUCCAAUGUGGACCCGGAUUCAAUUCGCUCGCCGGUAACCCGAAUGUGACCUCGUGCCUUCAAAGAGUCACUGUCAACUAUGACGCGCAGAUUCAGCAAUUCUAUCGAUCCUACGAACUCAACGUCACCCAUGAUCCGAACAGUGCUUGCACAUAUGGACAAAGCUUGGUGAAUGGAAUCUCGGGGAUCUACAGCGCUGGACCGUGCCUUCCAUACCAAGGUCACGCUCAAUGGUAUUCGUGUGAGAUGACACGAAACUAUGUCUUCUCUCAAUUCACCCAUUGCCAGCAUGUGAUCACGUGUCCAAAAGCCACGUCGGCUGCUCGAGACUUCUCUCAUAUGAUUCGCGAUGGAGCUGACGGCGAAAAGGAGUUCCUUCUGCCGGCUCAUUGGGAUAUGGACUCGUCGGGAAACUGGAUGAUGACGGAUGCGCGGUGGAUU